AUGUCUGAUUUCCAAUCAAUUCUUUCUCAAGAAGUCCAAGUGUUUGUUUGGACAAAUUCCAUCAAUUAUCUUGGGCACAUCAUUUCUAGGCAUGGGGUGGGACCAGAUCCAGAGAAAAUUAGGACAAUGCAAGGUUGGCUGACACCUUCUUCAUUAAACCAGUUGCGGGGUUUGCUCGGGUUGACUGGUUUUUACCGCAAGUUUAUUCGUCAUUAUGCCUCUAUUGCUGCUCCUCUGACAAAUCUGCUCAAGAAAGAUGCCUUUGUUUGGUCUAACGAGGCUCAAUUAGCUUUUGACGAAUUGAAGACUGUUAUGUCUCAAGCUCCGGUGUUAGCCCUUCCAAAUUUUCAGGAAGACUUUGUUUUGGAAACCGAUGCAUCAGGAUAA